UCCGAUCGCCAGCGCCCGCCCCCAAGAUCCAGAUAACAAGCAUCCCCUGCUCGCUUGAUGGAUCUCGUCUACACCGUGCUGCCCCAUCCCGUCUACAACUCCACCCUCAAGUCUCAGGCGGAGAUCGAGACCGCAGCCCCGCAGCCCACCCUUCCUGAAGCAGCCAGCAAGUCACCCGUCGUGGCCAAGAGCUCCCAGCCCCAGAAGCAACAGCAACAACAGCCCACUCCCAAGCCCGCUUGUGAACACUCCCAUUCAAAGAUGGCCACCCCUCUUGUCAAGGACUCUAAUCUCGGCCCCACCACCAAGGUGGAGAUGAACCCCCGGCCCGAGUACAUCGACAAGCGCAUCAAGAUCUUCGAUGAGAUCAAGAAGCGAAAGGACGAUGAGCUUCGCGAAAUGCCACGCACGCCCAUCAAGAUUACCCUGCCCAACGGCAAGGAAGUCGAUGGCGUCGCUUACGAAACCACGCCCAUGAGUGUUGCCAAGGGCAUCUCCACCUCGCUUGCCAAGAAGGUCAUCAUUUCCAAGGUCGACGGCGUCCUCUGGGACCUGCUGCGUCCUCUCGAGUCUGAUGUCGCAUGCCUGGAACUCCUUGACUUUGAAAACGAAGAGGGCAGAAUGGUCUUCUGGCACUCGAGCGCCCACGUCCUCGGCGAGAGCUGCGAGCGCAUGUUUGGUUGCCAUUUGUGCAUUGGCCCCCCCACCGAGGAUGGCUUCUACUACGAGAUGAAGAACCCCGAGGAUCGUGCUGUCAGCUCGAGCGACUACGAGCCCAUCGAAUCAAUUGCCAAGGACAUUGUCAAGGAGUCGCAAAAGUUCGAGCGCCUCGAGAUGACCAAGGAGGAGCUGCUCGAGAUGUUCGAGGGCAACCCCUACAAGGAGCACAUCAUCCGCGAAAAGGUUCCCGAUGGCACUACUUCGACGGUCUACCGCUGCGGCCCGCUGAUCGAUUUGUGCUAUGGCCCUCACGUGCCCAACACUGGCUACAUUAAAGCCUUCUCGGUCAUGAAGAACUCUGCUUCGUACUUCCUCGGCGAUGCUGCCAACGAUUCACUCCAGCGCAUCUACGGCAUCUCGUUCCCCGACAACAAGCAGUUGGUGGAAUACAAAAAGUUCCUGGAAGAGGCAGCCAAGCGCGACCACCGCAAGAUCGGAAAGGAACAAGAGCUCUUCUUCUUCAACGACGUGUCCCCUGGAUCGUGCUUCUUCCUGCCGCGUGGCGCUCGCAUUUACAACAAGCUUGUUGAGCUUCAGCGCUCGGAAUACCACAAGCGUGGCUACCAGGAGGUCAUCACCCCCAACAUCUACAGCAGCAAGCUUUGGGAGACCAGCGGCCACUGGCAGCACUACAAGGACGACAUGUUCACCUUCAAGGUUGAGAAGGAUCAGUUUGGUCUCAAGCCCAUGAACUGCCCGGGCCACUGCAUCAUGUUUGGUCAUCGCGAGCGCUCCUACCGUGAACUUCCUCUCCGCAUGGCCGACUUUGGUGUCCUGCACCGCAACGAAGCCUCUGGAGCUCUCACGGGCUUGACUCGCGUGCGCCGUUUCCAGCAAGAUGAUGCCCAUAUCUUCACCUCACUCGAGACGCUCGAACAAGAAAUCAAGAACGCUCUUGAUUUUGUCCGUGAUAUCUACGGCCUCUUUGGCUGGAGCGAGUCGUUCACCAUGCGCCUCAGUACUCGCCCUGAGAGCUUCCUCGGCAAGGUCGAGACCUGGGACUACGCCGAAGACUGUUUGCGCAGAGUCCUGGAUGACUUUGGCCGUCCUUGGUCCAUCAACCCUGGAGAUGGUGCCUUCUACGGACCCAAGAUCGAUAUCACUAUCACCGAUGCCCUGAAGCGCAAGUUCCAGUGCGCCACCCUGCAACUGGACUUCCAGCUUCCCGAGCAGUUCAACCUGAGCUACCGCACUGACGAUCCCAACGAGCAGUUCAAGCGCCCGGUCAUGAUCCACCGCGCUGUCCUUGGCUCCGUCGAGCGCUGCAUGGCUAUCCUCAUCGAGCAUUUCGGCGGCAAGUGGCCCUUCUGGCUCAGCCCACGCCAGGUCAUGGUUAUCCCGAUCGGCCCUGCCUACUACGACUACGCCACCGAGGUCUACAACGCCGUGCACGACGCUGGCUUUGUCGUUGAUCUUGACGUCAGCGGAAUGACCCUGCCCAAGAAGAUCCGCACUGCCCAGCUGUCGCAGUACAACUUUGUCUUUGUUGUCGGACAGGCAGAGCAAGACAGCCGUUCCGUCAACAUUCGCAACCGAGACGAGGCCAGCCAGCAGGCUCGCGGCGAGACCAAGUCCCUGGAGGCUGCCGUUGCCGCUCUGAAAGCGCUCGAUGCUUCUCGCUCGCUCGAGAACCAGCUUGUGUUUUCCGACGCCAGCUAAUGCAGAAGAAGAAGAAAGAACCGGGACAGUGUCUGUUCCCUCGAUUACGGUCACGGAAUUGAAGUCAGAAGAUCUGUAGGCUGCUGAGGGCCAGCCGUGUGGUUGCUUUCCUCCCAUCUUGAUUGGCAACGAAAGGUGUUCUAGUGGGUUUCGGGAGCACAUCUUGAACACGCAUGGUCGACCUUCAGUGGCGACAAUCGACUAGCA